CAUCCAUUACUCAUCCCUUUAUUUUGAGUUUUCCACCAAAACCACCACUCCCAGAAAUUUCGUUUUCAAAUUUUUCUCUCUCUCAUAGCUUCAUUCAUUCGUUCGAUCCAUCCUCUACAAAACUCCAAAUCUCUCUCUUUCUCUCUCUUCUGUGUCGCCAUCUUCCUACAUUCGCUGUUUUGAAGCUGUCAAACAAAUAACUAUUUAUACAACAAUAAUGCCGUCGUCUGACACUGACUUCGCCAUUCCUCCUUCUCCAACUUCCUCGGGUUUCGCAAUGAGUGAGUUGAAUUUCGCGGAUGUUAACAAUCUGGAGCAUUGUAUCAAGUAUCUUAAUCAGACUCUUGUUACAUUUGGCUUUUCUGCAUCGCUUGAUCUAUUUGCCAAUGAUCCGGUUUCUGUUGCUCGUACUUGCAACUGUAUGUACUCUUUGUUGCAGCAGAGACAACGCGAUAUCGAUUUCCGAGAAUCUGCUAAUGAGCAAAGACAGCGGCUUAACUCAGACAUAUCAAGGUUGGAGGCCAAGAUCGAGAGGCUUGAAUCACAGUUGGCGGCAAAAGAUAAGGAGAUAGCAACCAUUACUCGAACGGAAGCUAAAGCUAGAGCUGCUUUUAAAGGACAAAUUGAGAAAUUGCAGCAGGAGAGAGAUGAAUUUCAGAAAAUGGUUAUUGGCAAUCAGCAAGUGAGAACUCAACAAUUGCAUGAAAUGAAGAAAAGAGAGAAAGACUACGUAAAACUGCAGGAAAGACUUAACCAAGUUGUGAAUGAGAAGAAGAAAGAAUCUAGAUCUGGCAUGGAGAUAAUGAAUUUGUUGCAGAAAGAAGGGAGGCAGCGCGGCACGUGGAACGGAAAGAAGACAGACAAUGACUUCUAUAAAAAGAUUGUUGAUGCUUAUGAGGCCAAAAAUCAAGAACUGAUGCAAGAGAAUAACAAUUUGAGGGCUAUGUUGAAAUCAACGCAGGAGGAUAUGCGUGGUUUCCUAAAUGGCUCAUCCAAGCAACCUCUGACCACCAACGAGAAACUUGAUAAUGACCUUUCACAAUCUCCUUUUGGCGGAAAGACGGAUGUCUUUGACCUACCGUUUCACAUGGGCAGGGGUCAAAUCGAGGAGAAUCUUCGUGCAAAGAUGGCUUCAAUAAAGGAGCGCUUAUGUCAGCUACAAGAUGAGCAAAAAGGAGCUGAUGUUAGCUCUGAAGUUACUGAUAGGGAGCUUGAACUUGAAGCGCAACUUGUGGAGGCAAGAAGCAUAAUUCAGGAGCAGGCUUCCAUAAUGUCCAAACAUCUUUCCAAGUCGGAGAGGCGUAGGGAUUCACUCUAUUCAACACCAGAGGUAAAUCAUAUGUAAAUGCUUCAGUAAUCAAGGACAUCCAGUUCAAGCUAUUGAAUGAUAUGGUCGUGUACUUGCCAUCGGAAUUCUGGUUGUAUGAAGAAUCAUCUAACUCAACCUUCGGCCAUAUUUGCAACCGACUCGGGCAAAGAGGCGUUAUUGUAGAAUGUAUGUAAUAUCCUGUUACUAAUCGAUAUCGUAGUAUUCUAGUAGGCCAUUAGCUUAGUGUAGGUUAACAUGCUGUUUAUAUGAUUUGUGUCCAACUAUUGGCAUGAAUAUGAUUAGCUUCCAGCUGAGGUUGAUUAGAUUCUAUUCAUUAUCAAGAUCUUAAAUGUAACAUGAUCAGUAUUCAGCUGACUAUGCUGUAUCCAGACAUAUAUGACAUUAAUAUUAAAACAUAUGUUUAUGUGCA